AGAUUUGAGAGAGAGAGAGAGAGAGAGAUUGAUCGAGAGAUCUAGGGUUUGAAGAAAUUUGAAAGAAAGAAAUGGCGGUUCUUAGGGUUUCCUUUGGAGUUUUGGCCAUCAUUGCUCUUAUCUUCAGCAUUGUUUUGCCUGCUGUUCGGGCUGAAUCAAUGGCUCCUGCUCCUGCCCCAACUAGUGAUGGAACAUCGAUAGACCAAGGAAUUGCAUAUGUGCUGAUGCUGGUGGCUCUAGUGCUCACAUACCUCAUCCACCCCCUUGAUGCUUCAUCCUACAGUUUGUUCUGAGUUAUAUUAUCAAAAGGACGUGAUAGGCGAUGGAGAUUA